GGCUGUGCGGCCUGGCGCGGGGGGCGGGCGCUGGGGCCGAGGGUAGCUUGAGCGCGGCGGCGGCGUUGUUCAGUCACAGCGAGAACAUUCCAGAGAUCGCCAGGCCCCGGGCGCUGAAGGGUGUGGACCCCGGACGUCGCUGGGACAGCCCCUCCCCGCUGCUCGGCGGCGCCUGGCCCGGCCGCUGCUCGCUGCGCUGCCUCCGCCGCCUCCGCCGCCGCUCCUCGGACUCGGGUUCGCGCGCGCCUCACUUCAUCCCAGUCCCGGGCGAGCAGCGUUGGGUUUAUGUCUUUAUUUGACGAAAACGAGCUGUUGCGCAGCCAUUGGUACCUGUAUUGGGGAAACAUAGCAUACAAGCAAGAAGCUUACAGCCUCAGUGGCGAAAAAUUUUUCAUGUCAGAGACCGAGAACUCUUGCAGUCGUUUAUGUCAUCCCUUCUUCUCCAGACAGAGGAUACCAAAAAGUUGCAAUCAAAGAUCUCUUCAUCUUAUUGAUAAAGCCACUAAUAAGCCAAAAUGUCUGUCAACGUCAACCGCAGCGUGUCAGACCAGUUCUAUCGCUACAAGAUGCCCCGUCUGAUUGCCAAGGUCGAGGGCAAAGGGAACGGAAUCAAGACAGUUAUAGUCAACAUGGUUGACGUAGCCAAAGCGCUUAACCGGCCUCCAACGUAUCCCACCAAAUAUUUUGGUUGUGAACUGGGAGCACAGACCCAGUUUGAUGUUAAGAAUGACCGUUACAUUGUCAAUGGAUCUCAUGAGGCGAAUAAGCUGCAAGACAUGUUGGAUGGAUUCAUUAAAAAAUUCGUUCUCUGUCCUGAGUGUGAGAAUCCUGAAACGGAUCUGCAUGUCAAUCCGAAGAAACAAACAAUAGGUAAUUCUUGUAAAGCCUGUGGCUAUCGAGGCAUGCUUGACACACAUCAUAAACUCUGCACAUUCAUUCUCAAAAACCCACCUGAGAAUAGUGACAGUGGUACGGGAAAGAAAGAGAAGGAAAAGAAAAACAGAAAGGGCAAAGACAAGGAAAAUGGCUCCAUGUCCAGCAGUGAGACACCACCACCACCACCACCACCCAAUGAAAUCAGUCCUCCGCAUGCUGUGGAAGAAGAGGAAGAUGAUGAUUGGGGGGAGGACACAACAGAGGAAGCUCAAAGGCGAAGAAUGGACGAAAUCAGUGACCACGCGAAAGUUUUAACCCUCAGUGAUGAUUUGGAAAGGACCGUUGAAGAGCGCGUCAAUAUCCUGUUUGAUUUUGUUAAGAAAAAGAAAGAAGAAGGUGUUAUUGACUCAUCUGACAAAGAAAUUGUAGCUGAAGCAGAAAGACUGGAUGUAAAAGCCAUGGGCCCUCUUGUUUUGACUGAAGUUCUUUUUAAUGAGAAAAUUAGAGAGCAAAUUAAGAAAUACAGGCGCCAUUUCUUACGAUUUUGUCACAACAACAAAAAAGCUCAACGGUACCUUCUUCAUGGCUUGGAGUGUGUGGUAGCAAUGCAUCAAGCUCAGCUCAUCUCCAAGAUUCCGCAUAUCUUGAAGGAGAUGUAUGAUGCAGACCUUUUGGAGGAGGAAGUCAUCAUUAGCUGGUCAGAAAAGGCCUCUAAGAAAUAUGUCUCAAAAGAACUUGCCAAAGAGAUUCGUGUCAAAGCGGAACCUUUUAUAAAGUGGUUGAAGGAAGCAGAGGAAGAAUCUUCCGGUGGUGAAGAUGAUGAUGAAGAUGAGAACAUUGAGGUGGUGUAUUCAAAGACUGCCAGUGUACCGAAAGUUGAAGCUGUAAAGUCUGACAACAAGGAUGAUGACAUUGAUAUUGAUGCCAUUUAAAGGGGUGGGUGCAGCCCAGCUUAACAGUGUAAUGCUGAGAAUCUUUCUGCAUCAUCAGCCAGAAGUGCAACAUGUAUGUGCAAAAGCUAAAAUGGCUUAACGUCAUGCUACACUUUCUACUAAAAAUGUAUUGCUGUGAGUGGUCUGUAUUUAAACCCAACAAGACAUCUAGGGAGUCUCCAUACACAUAUCAGUGAGCAGAUGUAGUUUGCUUAUUUACAGCAUGUUUCUUUUUGAAAAUUUAGUGGUGGACACAUUUGGGUCACAUUUAUACAGUUAUAAAAAUAAAGAUUUGAUUUUGGUCGUUCUUCA